AUGUAUCGCUCGUCGACGGCGCCGACCCCGCCGCGAAUGAGCACCGCCGAGCGUCAAGAGAUGUUUCGCCGCCUCGAUGAGGAGCGCCGUGCUCGCGGCAGCCCCGAUGGCAGCCCCGAUGGCAGCCCCGAGCACGACGAGGGCGCCGGUGGAGCCUCCCUCCUCCAUGGUGGCUCCGAUGACCAGCAGCGUGACCCCCAGCAGGUCGUUUUCACGUCCCAGGGCCCUGGCGUUGACGAGACUCGUAAGCGCAAGGCUACUAGCUCCCUCUGUGGAUCGUUAGAUGGCAGUGCCGAGUCUACCUCGUCCCUUAGGACCCAGGGCCACGGUCGCCUUGCCUCUAUCACCCGUGACUUUGAGCCAGACAAUCAACCGUCUUCUCGUCUGUUCACCACUGGCCGUCGUUUCUCCGGCACAUCUGCCUACGAGCAGCAGAGGCCUGACGACGAGCGCCACGCUGAGUCUCCCGAGCCACUGCUGGACGUGAGCCAGAAGGGCUACGCCAAGCAUCGUGCCGAGAAUCCUCCUAGGCAGCCCGACUACCGCCAGUCUUCCAACACUUUUGGUGACUCCGAGGAUCUCACCAAUGCUGUCGCAUCGAGCUCCAAGCAGGAGAACCCCUACCAGCAGAAGCUGCAGACCGUCCCCACCGGCACCGUCAACAACCCUCGCCACCGCCAGCACAAGAAGCGUGCCGCUGAGUCGACCCUCUUGACGCGUGACGAGCAGGCUUCAGUCCCAGUCCAGUUCCGCACCCAGGACGACAAGAUCCACCCGAUCCGCCAGCCCAGCCAGCCCAAGUUCGGGGCCGGCGAGGGUAACUGGCGUCGCAAGGACGACAAGCCCUCCGCCGCUGCAGGUAUCCAGGGCAAUUGGCGUUUUCGACCCGAGGCCAAGACCUUCGGAGAGGAUGACAAGGCCGCCGCCAGCAGCUCUCGCCUCAACUAUGGCGACUCGGCAGACAAGGAAGCUGACGCUGGUGGUAGACCCAGCCCCGAGACAUUUUCCUUCCUUUCCCCUCUCCCUGAUUCGUCCGACGAGGAAGCUGCCGCUGGUGAUAGACCCAGCCCCAAGACAUUUCCCCUCAUUCCCCCCAUCCAUGAUGACUCGGCCGACGAGGAAGCUGCCGCUGGUGGUAGACCCAGCCCCAAUCCCCUGUUCAUCACGAACACUAGGAAUGCUGGCCCUCGACGUGGUCUGUCUGGGUCGAGGACAAUCCCCGACCUAGGCCCGGCACAAGAGCCGUAUCGGGCUUCGGGCCCACGGCCGAACCCUCUAUUCUCGCGCGGGCCUGCCCAACUUCCGCCGACUAAGUCGGCACCUCUGAACCCCACAAUCCCAGCCUGCGCACCGCGGACGCCCCAGACGUACGCCCACGCCUACGAGCGUGGUUCUCCCAUGACUAGCGACGACAGCCUUCGUAGAUAUGCCGCCGCUAAUGCCGCUGCUGCUGCUAGCCCUCUCCAGGGCCGCGGCGCCGCAGGUAACAUGAGCCAUCCGGACCUGUUGGUCAUGACGGACACCCACGAGCUGGUGUUUGCUUCUGACCCUCGCGCGUCUGCGGGUUACAGGGCUCCGGGCCCUGCUGGUGUCGGUGCUAGUGGUGCCAGCCGCCGCACCGCCAUCGUGGGCUUGGGCCCCGCCGAUACAGACCCGUUCAGUAGUAACGCGGGCGGAAUGGUCAAGUCUGCGACAAUACAGGAGCUCAAUCCGAGUCUCCAGCCGCAGCAGGGCUCUGGAAGCUGGGACUUCCGCCCUCUCCGCUCGGGCAAGCUGAACGACCUGACCAAAGGUCCAGGAGGUCGCCCAACCUUCCAGCAGGCCAUGGCACCUGAGAACUUCCCCUUUGUCGAGUCAGCGACGAUGCACGUUACUAGUCAUCCGAACCGCGGUGUGGUCAAGAUUGUCAAUGUCCCUUUCUAUGUGACCCGCGCCGAGGUCAUCGGCUACCUGGGACGCAACGCCGGCAUCCUCAACGACAACGACGAGCCCGUGCACAUCAUCAUGGAGCGCACCGCCAGCAAGACCAACGACGUGUACGUCGAGUUCAACUACUUGUCCGACGCCAUAAACGCCGUCAACAGGAACCAGAGGCUCAUUGCGGCGGGCCGGUCCGCCCGCCUCGGCGAGCGCCCCGCGGCCAUGGAGCUCUCGAGCGCAGCCUCUCUGAUGCAGAACCUCUUCCCCCACGCCCGUGGUGUCCAUUGGGGCGGCGGUAUUCCCUACCGCAUGGAAGACAACUCCCCCGAGCCGUGGAAUGACUUCAAGGGCUUCAUUACUAGAGAGGAGAUGACGAUGCUCGUCAAACAUGUGGAGUGCCCGCAGCGGUCUCCGUAUGCAAGGGAUUGCCCACAGCGGCCAUUCGAGCACAUGAUUAGUGUGCUCAAGAAGUUGCCGUGGUGCCAAACCACAAUGAUCACCGUUGCGCAGCGACAUGCGGUGUAUCAAUCGUGUGUUUACCUGGUGUCUCUGUUGCAGAACAUCCUGCACACUAGGGACGACAGCCGCGUGAACCAGAUGCUCCUCAUGCGUCUCGUCCGUGCUGCCAUGGACUGUCACGGCUUCACCGUGCUCAUGAAGGACAGCAUCGCUCACCUGGCUCGACUCCAGGAGGUCGAGCUCAGCAAGUACUGCAUGCCUCGCUUCCCUGAGAGCUGGCGCCACGCGUAUUCGUUCGCUCCUAAGCGCAACUGUGAACUCGAUGUCAUCGAGUGGUACAUUGCCGUGAUCCGCGAGGAGACCAAUCGCAAGGUCCAUAACAUGUCGUUCCUGCAGCGCAGCCGUGCGCAGGCGGCCCUCAGCGACUCCGACGGCUAUUUCGGCUACUUCUGGAUGGAGGUCGGCUAUCCGGACGAGGCCGCUUUCGACAACAUGACUCUGGCUGAGGUUGCUAUCGCCGAGUUUGGCGCCCUCGAGAACAUUCUUAGCCGCGCCCUUGCCGGCGGCCACAUUCGCAACUGA